AUCCUAAGAUCAUUUCAUUUUCCUUUGACAAUAACCAAAUCAGAAACCCAGCGAACCUUAUCACUUAGACCAAAUCGCCUUCCCCGGCCAAACCCCAUCGCCGAUCACCGGAAAAAAUGGAGACUCAACCUCACGUCCUCAUUUUUCCGUUGCCACUUCAAGGGCCAGUGAAUUGCAUGCUAAACCUGGCCGAGAUCUUGUGCGUUCACGGCGAUAUUCACGUCACCUUCCUCAACACCGACCACGUCCACCGCCGCCUGCUAAGCUACACCGACGUCGAGGAGCGCUUCCGCCGGUACCCCAACUUCCGGUUCGAGACGCUGCCGGACGGCAUGCCGGAAGACAGCCCGAGAACCGGGGAACAGAUAGUGGAGAUGAUACAGUGUAUAGAGAAAGUGACGUGCCCGCUUUUCCGGGAGAUGGUCACCGCCGGCGGCUCUGCGUCGGAGAAGCCGGUGAGUUGCCUCAUAGUUGACGGGAUUUUCCCUUUCGCCGUCGAUAUUGCUAAAGAGAUCGGAGUUCCACUGUUCUAUUUUGACACGAUCAGUCCUUGUGCCGUUUGGAUUUACUUGCGUGUUCCCAAACUCAUUGAAGCUGGAGAACUUCCAUUUCAAGGAGACGAUUUGGAUGCACCGGUGAGUUGUGUACCAGGUAUGGAAAACAUUCUAAGACGAAGAGACUUACCAAGCUUUUGUCAGUCCAAACAAAUUUUAGAAGACCCCAUCAUCCAAAUCGUGCUCAACGAGGCUCAAUAUCUACCUAAAGCACACGGGCUUAUCUUCAACACAUUCUCAGAUAUCGAUGACCCAAUACUACAACAAUUCCGGUCAAUAAGUCCCAACGUGUACGCCGUUGGGCCGCUCCACGCUCAUCGGAAAGCCCGAAUAGAUUCAGAAUUGCUCAAAACUUCAAAUAGUAUAUGGAAGGAGGACUGGAGCUGCAUGGAAUGGCUCAAUAAACAACCCCAAAAAUCAGUUCUUUACGUUAGCAUUGGAAGUUUAGCCGUCAUCUCUGAGCAUCAGUUCAUGGAGUUAUGGCAUGGGUUGGUGAAGAGUGGGGUUCGGUUUCUGUGGGUUCAGAGACCGGGCUCGAUUAUCCGGCCAUCGGGCUCAGAUUCGCCGAAUUCUAAAGUUUCCAUUGAGUUAUCUCGGGGGACUGAUGAAAGAGGGUGCAUAGUGAGCUGGGCUCCACAAGAGCGGGUCCUGGCUCACCCUUCGGUAGCCGGGUUCUUAACACAUAGCGGAUGGAAUUCGACUUUAGAAAGUAUAGUGGAAGGAGUGCCGAUGAUAUGUUGGCCUUAUUUCGUCGACCAACAAGUCAAUAGUAGGUAUGUUGGGGAGGUCUGGAAGAUAGGGUUGGACAUGAAAGACUUAUGUAGUCAAGAUGUUGUUGAAAGAAUGGUUAGGGAAGUGAUGGACGACAGGAAAGAUGAGUUCUUAGAGAGGUCGAAAAAAAUGGCGAAUUUAGCUAAGCAAAGUGUUAUGGAAGGUGGUGAUUCAUACCAAGAUAUGGAACGUUUAAUCAACGACAUUAGGCGGAUGAGAAUUUGAAUAUCAAAAUGUUUAAACUUUAUUUUGAAUAUGAAUAGAAUUUUCUUUCAAAUAUAAUGAACAAUAGUCCGCAUUGUAUUUAAGCAAUAUGAUUGUUUUUUUUUUCUUUGGUGUUUUCUAGUCUUC